AGUCUCCAGCACACUCUCCUCCUCAUCCCACAUCAACUCUAAGGCAACAUACCUGCUGUCGACGGUUCGACUUGUUAUUCAGCUCAUCCUCUCACACCCGACACCAUGACCCUGCUCCAUGUGAUCCGCCCGACAUGCGUUCCCCUGGCUGAGCUCGAGCAAACGGCUCGGACCGUUGUCCGGGCCCUCCGGUCCAGGCGCCCCGACCUUAAAGUCGCUGUCAUCGGCGGGCUUGCUCGCAUUCAUUACAGCCCAGAGGGACGUUUCACGACCGAUGUGGACUUCCUCAUUGACGACAACGAGGAAGAGACGACACUGCUCAAGAAUUCGAUCGCGGGCCCCAUCGGCUUCGCCAUCGACGGAGCCGGCGAGUUGUACCGCGACUCCAAGUCCCUGCAGGGUGAGGCUGCUCGCAUGCACGUCCAUCUCAUUGCGAGGGAGCUUUGUCCUUACGUACCCAUCGGCACCCUGGAGCUACGACAGAUGCCCACCACCGAUCCCGAUUACAUUCCGUACAUUGCACUCCCAGAUCUUAUCCUCUUCAAGAUCCACGCCUGCCCCCGACGGGACAGGUAUAAGCGCGCUGUCGACGCCACCGACGCCGAGGUUUUGCUGACGCUUGCCAACACGCCGCUUACCCUCACGAGCGACCAAAAGGUUGUCGCGUGGAACGGGCUCGAAGCUGUGCUGGAAGAGCGGCCGCUGACAGAACGGUCGUGGUGGAUGCGGGAACUUAAUCUGCCCUAGAAGGUGGAUGGCGAGACUGACGAUAACCACAAACAGGGGGCGGCGGAAGGACAGACGGGGGGGGACAGGCAAGAGGACGGCGAUGCGGGCCUGGAGGGGCCCGAUGAAGAGGACAAUCUGCUCCCUUGC